ACUCUCCUACUUCCUUCCGUUUUUCCCCUCCUCUCUCAAGGUUUCAACUGUCUCUCCGCGUUCAACUCCCAUUAGCACAUGAAGAAAAAAUAUAUAUACUCUUAUAGAUACAGAGAAAGCAACACACCUAGACGCAUAGAACGCCAAAUAUAGAGAGUAAAAGGGCAGGAAGAGAGAAUUGACCAGAAAAGCUUCGAUCUCUAUACACCCAAUUGGGAUUUUAUUUUUUCCACAAGGCUGUUGGAAUUGAUUUUGGUCCUCUGUUCUGAGGAAUAAAAGGGUUUUACAAUAGUGAUGCUGACCCUUAGGGCUGCUUUGUGACGUAAUAUGGAAUUUGCCGUGGAAUUGGUGAAGAGAUACUCAGAUAUGUCGCUUUACAUCGGUCGUGAGGCUUCCAAGCUGUGGAAGAGACUUUGUGCAGAAACUACUACAGAGAUCAACCUUCUUGUUGAGAAUUGGAAGUUUAUACUUGGUGGUCUAAUUUUUCAGUACAUCCAUGGAAUUGCUGCUAGAGGGGUUCAUUACUUACAUCAGCCGGGACCAACACUUCAAGAUGCCGGAUUUGCUGUUCUCCCGGAACUUGGUCAGGACAGAGGUUACAUAAGUGAGACAGUUUUCACCUUCAUCUUUUUGUCUUUUGUCUCGUGGACUUUCCAUCCUUUCAUCUUCAAAAGUAAAAAGAUUUACACUGUUUUGAUAUGGUGCAGGGUUUUUGCUUUCUUAGUUGCUUGCCAAUUCCUUCGGAUCAUUACUUUUUAUUCUACGCAGCUUCCAGGCCCAAAUUAUCAUUGUCGUGAGGGGUCGAAGCUUGCCAGGCUGCCUCGUCCUGAUAAUAUAUUGGAAGUUCUAUUAAUAGUUCCGCGAGGAGUGCUUUAUGGCUGUGGAGAUCUAAUAUUUUCAUCUCAUAUGAUAUUCUCCCUUGUCUUUGUGCGGACUUAUACUAAAUAUGGCUCUCAAAGGUUUAUAAAACAAUGUGCCUGGUUAGCGGUUAUUGUUCAAAGCUUCUUGAUUGUUGCUUCUCGCAAACACUACACGGUAGAUGUGGUUGUGGCAUGGUACACAGUCAAUUUGGUUGUGUUCUUUAUUGACAAAACACUUCCAGAAUUACCGGAUCGAUCUGGUGCAGCGUUCUUGAUUCCCUUGUCGAAGGACAACAUGACUAAAGAUGAGAAUCAAAAACUUCUGAACGGAAAUUCUGGGGAAACUACAGAGAAGAGGCAAAGAACCCAAAUCAACGGGAAGGUAGUGGAGAACGGGCACACGGUCCACGUGGAAGCAGUGAUGAAUGGUGUAUGAUAAAUGGUAUCCUCUGCCAGUUUAGGACUUCCUCACCCUUGUGAACAGAUUAGAUUCUAUUUGUUUGAGGGACAACAAACACUGGGAUGCCAUUUGCUGUCCAUAGUAGUAUCAUUUAAAUGUAAACCGCAUUAUCUGGAAAUAUGUGUUUUUAAAUCAAUUUUUUUAUUAAUCAAUGGAAUAAUUAUUUGGUUCUUUUUGUUCCUUCCAUCGGAAUUAUCAAGCCUGACCUGUAAAGACACAAACUUGCAUAUGUGGUCACAUUUUCUUGCAGAUGUCCUGGCAUUCUU